GAGUGUGUAAAGUGACUGAGCUCUCUCUCUCCUCGGUACUGCCCCGUUCACACAGCUUGCCAGCUAGCACCCAUCCUCCGGCGGCCCCUCUUUUUUUUUUACUCUUCCCACCCACACCCCCUCUUUUCGCUCCCGUUCCCCUCCUCCUGCCGCGCGACGCUCCUGGGACCGCCGACAACCAGGCCGCCGCCACUUCAGCGUGUCUACUGAGAGAGAGAGAGAGAGAGAGAGAGAGGGACGGAGAGAGAGUGUGUGUGCUUGUGAGAGAGAGAGAGAGAGGGGGGCAGAAAGAGAGAGAGAGAGAGAGUGUGUGAGUAAAGUGUGAGUGUGUGCGCGUGUGUGUAUGAGUGUGUGUGUGUGCGUCCGCGCACCGCAGCCGUCCAUCCGAUUCCCUCUCUCCUCCACCUCGUUUGGUUUGGGUCAUGACGCUGGAGGCGAUCCGCUACCAGGCCGGGUCUCUGCAGAUCCUGAACCAGCUGCUGCUGCCACACCAGACCGUGUACGACGAGAUCCGCUCGGUGCAGGACGGAUACGAGGCCAUCAAGUCCAUGAAGGUGCGGGGCGCCCCGGCCAUCGCCAUUGUCGGUUGCCUCAGCCUGGCUGUGGAGCUGCGGGCCGGCGCCGGGGGUGACGACCCCGUCACCUUCAUCAGGGAGUCUUUGUGUCACCUGACCUCAGCCCGACCCACCGCCGUCAACAUGGGCCGUGCUGCUCGCGAGCUGAUGGAGUUUGCAGAGAACGAGAGCAUGGAGAAGAACUCUGAGCAGCUCCGGGACAGUGUGAUCGCCUGGAUCGAAGAGAUGCUGGAACGUGAUGUCAGCGACAACAGGAAGAUUGGUAACUAUGGCGCCCAGCACAUCCUGUCUGGCGUCCCAAGGGAUUCCGUCACCAUCCUCACACACUGCAACACCGGCGCGCUGGCCACUGCAGGAUACGGCACCGCACUGGGUGUGGUGCGUAGCCUCCAUGCGCUGGGCAGGCUGAAGCGUGUGUACUGCACAGAGACAAGGCCGUACAACCAGGGGUCCAGACUGACCGCCUAUGAGGCAGUAAAAGAGGGAUUCCCUGCUACGCUCAUCACAGACAGCAUGGCAGCCCUCACCAUGAGAGAGCGGGGCAUCACAGCCGUGGUGGUAGGCGCAGACAGGGUGGUUGCCAACGGCGAUACAGCCAACAAGGUGGGUACAUACCAGCUGGCCAUCGCCGCUAAGCACCAUGGGAUCCCGUUCUACGUGGCGGCGCCCAGCACAUCGUGCGACCUGAGUCUGGAGAGUGGCCGGGACAUUAUCAUUGAAGUGCGCCCCCCUGAGGAACUCACCAGCAUUAACGGAGUCCCCAUCGCUGCCCAGGGCAUCGAGGUGUGGAACCCGGCGUUUGAUGUGACUCCUCACCAGCUGAUCACAGGAGGCAUCAUCACAGAGCUGGGAGUCUUCCUGCCCUCCGAGCUCCAGGCAGCGCUGACCGGCCGCCUCACCGCCCUCUAGACCCAUCAGCCCCUCCUGCUGGUCCAUGUGCGCCACUGCACCUCAAAUUGACACCGUCACUCACAGAUACUGUCAUUCCAUCGCAACACACACACACACACACUCACACACACACACACACGCACACUCUCACACAUCAGCACACAGACAUGGGUGUUGGGGAAUUAAUUUGCUACAUUGGUAAAUACAUAAUCAGUGCACAAACAUCAGUGGCGCGCACACACAAAAAACACCUGUUCUGCAGUCUCCCACGUACUACACACACACACACACACUGCAGGGACUCCUACAGACACACAAGUGCAGUCUCUCCCCUUCCUUUUCUGUCCUCCUCCUCUUUUCUGUGGUCUCUCCGCCCUCACCUCUUCCCAAAGUUCUCUCUCUCUCUCUUUCUCUCUCUCUCUUUCUCUCUCUCUCUCCCUCUGUCUUACGCUCGCUCUCCAAACGGCUCCUGCAAUGACGACAGAUAGUGCUCAGCUCGACUCUUUCCCAUGAAUUCUAUUUGGCAAACGAUUUUUGUAAGUCACUACUGAGGUAAUUUUUCAGGGCUUGUUCAACACAAAAAAAUUUCUCUUAAGAAACGGCUAUUUGAGGUUACUGAAUUUGUCCUUUUUAAAAGUAGGGAUUAUGAUUAGCCGUGGUGUUUAAAGUGAGAUUUAAGUGCUGCUACCAGCUUGUAAAUAUAUAUUACCCUAUUUGGUAGUGUGUACAUAUGUACAAAAACUAACCCCUUAUAGUUAGAGGUAUUGCCAUUUUAACCAAAUAUGUGGUUGUUGAAAACUAAAUUCACCCCAUCAAAAAUGUUAUAUUAACAUUUGUUUUCAUUUUCUCUAUGUAGAAACUUUUAUAGGAGAAUAAUUCAAGAAAAUUGAUAGCUCAUAGAUUUUCAUAAUGAUAUGAAGAAUUGUAUUUCGCUCACGUAUUUUACCCAGUGUCACAAAAUUUGGAAGACAAAGUGGAAAGUCUUGAUCAGUCCACCUUAGUCAGCUGAAGCCGAUAACAAUACAUGGCUAUAUUUAUACCUCGCCGCUUGUUUGUAUCUUGCUGUUCCCAAUUGUACCGCAUCCUACCACACUUAUAUUCUUAUAGUACAUAUACGUAACCAUGAUACUUCAUUAUCAUAUCAAUGUCCGUCACCACUACCGCAUACUACCGAAUACACUUCAUAGGAAUAAAAAUUCUUGGCAGGGGAAUUGGUGUCAUUUUUGCCAUAACAGCUUCUGUUUGGAGCUUAGAUGUCUGUUUUAUCAGCUGUAUUUCUGCGAUAGACAUCUGCAUUAACGGAAUAAUUCACCCCAAAUUUAAAAAUAUGUGUACACACCCCAGUGUCAGUCAAAACUGCAUUGAUGUUUGUAGGACUACCAAACACACAGAGAGUCAGCUCCUGUUGUUAUAGCGGUCACAGACUGAAGUGAAAGUUUGCGGUCUUUUCACUUGUGCAGCAAGUGUUUUGUAGCCAAACAAUUGUAUUGUGGGUGCAGAGGUCUAAUAUUGACUUUAUUCAAUGUGUUUACAUGCACUUUUUUAAUCAAGUUAUUCCCUUGUUAUGGUGGUUAGCUGAUUUCUUAAAUGCCAUGUAAACAAAAAGCUGGGCUUCCUUAGUUAGGUCAAGAGAAACCCGGUUAACACAGCUAGAUUUCUACUAGAGAAACCCAGUUACUAGGACACGACAACUCUUACUUGGAUUUCUGAGUGUUUUUGUUUUUUGUGUUUCUUUCACAUGUGCAUAUGUGCAGGAAAAGAUCUUAAAAAUUGACCCACCUUGUCUGGGUGGUUGUGCACACCCAGACAAGCAAAAUCCUUUGGGCCUACUGACGUGAUUCUUUGGCUACAAAACAUUUGAUUCUGCUGCAUCGUUUGGCCCUGUUGAAACUACAGUCAUUGAAACCCCAAAUCAGAACCAUUAAGACUCAACUGACACAAAUGCAGGACAAGCUCAUAAUUUAUUAAGGACUCUGGAUGACUGGUACCCAUUUUCCACCAAAACUUCUUAGGCUAAAGUUUUUGGGUUUUGCUCUUGGAAGGAAGUUCUGGGGGCAAAGUGAGGACACUAGGCUCUUGUGUUUUUGUGUUUCCACUACGAGAUCACUUAAUGCAAAUAAGGAAGACGUGUCAAGUCAUUCUGUGUGCAGCUGCCAACAGCAAUAGAAAAGUUGUCAUGUUUGUGAUUAUUUACCUCUUUGCCGCUAUGAUGCUGCAUUGGUUUUGGUGAAGAGAUGCACAGAGGUUGAAAAUGAGAUUGGGGGUGCCAGAAAAGCAAGAACUGAAUAGAGAAAGCUGCUUUAAUGUAAUGUAGAGAAACUGUGACAUGACAAACGGAGCUGAACGAAAUGAUUUACUCUCAAUUACUAGGUGAAUAAUGUCUUGAUGGAACAAUCUUUUAAUAAUUUGUGUUUGUGGUUGUUCGCUCCUGUUACUUUCACGCUGCGAUUAUCAAACGUUCAACCAAUCAGGGAUGUUCAGCACUUAAAACUCCAGGGAUCAGGAGAGUGCUGCCCUGGUGCAGGGACCAUUUUGGGGAUCAGGAACUCAGAGAGGGACUCCAGUGGAAAUAGGGGUAAGAGUUCCUGCUUCCUCGAAAGGGUUCCUGUGUUUUGGGGACAGUUUCUGCAGUGAAAAGUGGACGCGUGAAAACCGUGCAUACUCAGCCAUCAGUCCAUGCAUUCAUCACUUGAGUCUAAAUGGUCCUCGUGUUAAUCGUCCCCUGGUGAUCAUUGGUUUAGUCUUAGCUGGGCCUGCUGUGUGUACUCUAACUUUAAUGGAGUUUUGAUUGACAUCAGCGAGUAGAUAGUGAUUGAUUUUUCGUUCCGGGGGGGUGAACUGUUUCUUUAAGAUUGGCAGGGUGUUUGCCAUUCUGCAUCGUCUCCCCGUAAAAAUUGCUCUCUGACUCCAUCUGAAGAUGUAUGACGGUGUGAUGACACCAACCGUGAGAAUGUAAUAACUCAGCUCUGAUGAAAUUGUGGUUACUUUUUGAUAAGGCUGCCAUCAAGCUACACAGUUACUUAUUGCCUUGGUGCUCUGUUUAGAAUGUCACUGACUGUUUGGAUAAUUCCCUCUUCCCGACUGGCAAGCUGUUUUAUCGGAGACCGGCAUGCACCCACGAGUCUAGUCCCAUGAGAUCAGGGGUCAUGCGCAUAGACAGGAGGCGAUGAUCAGAGACCGUCGUAUCUAAUGAAGUCCCUGUGGCGAUGGGAGCUGAUCGCGAAACGCUAAGAGGCUUUAUCCAAAAGUCCUGGAUGUCCAGAUUGAUAUGAGACAUGCCUACUCACUGUACUGAAUGUCACAGGCCCGCACUCAGGGCCCACACUGCUCACUGCCUUACACAGCCAGCAAGUACAGCACUUAAUCCAGCUCACAACAUUAGACCCACAGCUAGCUCGUGUCAUGACACUGCUGUCGGCGGUGUUUAUCUGUGAGCUAGCACGCCACCAGGAGAGACAACAGCCCCUCGGUCCUUCCACCCCCGGCCAACCUUUCCCCCCCAGCCCCUCUUAGACCACACAUGCUGCCCUUGUGGGUUUUAACCACUCAAAUGUCUCUUGAUGACAAAAUAUACAUCCACCUUUCUACUCCACAUGUGUUUUCUUGUGUUUUGAAGCCACCCUCGGGACUGCUGUGAGGUCCAGAGAACACAAUCUAGAUAUAAGCUUAAAGUAAAAAUAAUAAAAAAAAUAAAAAUAAAAAA